UUUAGUUUCGGUCUGUGGGUAGAGCUUCAGCGCGGUUCCUGUGAUCUGAUCAUUAGUGUUCAGUGGUUAGACAUGAGAAAGGACGCUCAAGUGUAGCGUAGGACACUUUAUUUAACUUUACAGAGUUUGAGAACUUGGCCGAAACUUUCUGAAUAUCUAAAAAAAAUAAUGGAGCCGAUAACAAAGUGGACACCGACUCAGGUUGUGGACUGGAUCAGAGGGCUGGACGACAGUCUCCAGCAGUAUAUUCCCAACUUUGAGAGAGAGAAGAUCAGUGGAGAGCAGCUUCUGAAGAUUUCCCAUCAGGAUUUGGAGGAGCUGACGAUGACCCGCGUCGGGCAUCAGGAGCUGAUUCUGGAGGCUGUGGAUCUCCUCUGCGCACUGAACUGUGGCGUGGAGACUGAUAACUUGAAGACUCUGGUGGGUCAGAUGCGAGCAGCAUCCAACAACUUGCACAACUGUGCGUCAGAGCGCAGGAAAAACCCGUCUUAUGAUGGAGGAAGUCCAAACAAACCACCUAACGUGUUCCUCACCGCUGUGGUGGAGCUGAUAGGGGCUGCCAAGGGCAUGUUGGCCUGGCUUGACAGGACUCCACUCACAGGAGUCAGUGAUUUCACCUCAACCAAAAACAAGAUCAUUCAGCUCUGUCUGGAACUGACCACAACCGUCCAGAAGGACUGCGCAGUGUUUGAAAUGGAGGAGAAGAUAUUAGAAGUGUCACAAGUUUUGACCGGAAUUUGUGAUUCCACCAUGAGGAUGACCUCUGACCCAUUAAAGAGUCAAAUGACCUGUUUGGAAGAAGUCACCAUCAGUAAUAUUAAAGCAGGCGAGGGACUGGGAAUGUAUAUCAAAUCCACUUACGAUGGGCUGCACGUCAUCACCGGAACCACAGAAAAUUCUCCAGCAGACAGAACUCAGAGGAUUCAUGCAGGCGAUGAGGUGAUACAAGUCAACAGACAAACAGUGGUGGGCUGGCAGUUGAAGAAUCUGGUGGAAAAGCUCAGAGGAGAUCCUCAGAAUGUGACACUGAUGGUGAAGAAAAGACCAUCAGGUACUUGUGGCUUCACACCCGCACCGCUGAAGAACAUGCGCUGGAGACCCCCUGUCGUCCAGAGCCCAUCGUAUGUGCCUGCCGCCCAGCCAUCCAGAAAUCCUGUGCAAAUCAAACGUCCGGAGAAACCUGCAAUUUUAGAUCUCUAUAUUCCUCCUCCUCCUUCCAUGCCAUAUAGCCCACGGGAUGCAGAGACGAGUGAAUAUGCAGGUGUAAAGAUGAGACCAAAAGGUUCAGAGUCGCCCAACUCAUCUUUGGAUUUAGCUAGUAGACGGCGGUCAAAUAUCAGCGACUACAACAGCAAACCUAGCGUAAACCCAACGGAGGUCGCCGUCCCACAAGCGCGGCUGAGACAGCGGACCCCAUCUAGAGGGAAGCCACGUCCCAUGUCCAUGCCGGUAGACACUUGCCUGGGCGUGUCGGACUCCCCCUCCAGACCCUGGGCUCUUGGAAGAAAAGGUGAUGAGAUCUUGCACAGGUAUCUGAGUAACGAACAGAUCCCCACAAUCUCAGAAGAGUCGCCCUGUUACCCGCUGCCCUACCGCCCCGCAGGAGAACGCCAGCUGAUCCGAGGGGUCGACCACAUCCGCGGCAGCCAGUGUUUCAUCAAUGCAGACCUACACAACAGCGCCACCAUACCCUACCAGGAGGCCGUCGCUCGGAAGUCAUCAGGGAAAUCUUCCAAGAGACCUCCUUCAGAACCCUCACUGUUCAGUAGCUGGAUCGCCCGACUCAAGCUGCUCACAACGCUCGUGCAAGUCAAACUCAACGUCCAGAGGCGCUUCACAAACAAACACACUGAAACAGCUUGUGAAGGAUCUGGGAUGUCUGCUAGGGUGAUUUUCAGAGGAAUAAAGUACCUGCAGGUUUUCACAUGCUGGUUACAGUUGGUAGAGGACAUAUUUAUACUGGUCUCUUAUCUGAAGGCAGCAGAAGUGAAUCAAAUGAGCCGGACAGAGUCAUACCCUCUAGAAGACUUUGCUGCUGAGAAGUCUCAAGGAGAUGGUGUGAUGAGCCGCAGAAGGGUCUCAGUGAAAGACCUGGGCCAGGGCGACUGUCAGGGCUGGUUGUACAAAAGAAAGGAGAGCAAAGGGCUCUUGGGCUGGAGGUGGAAAAAAUUUUGGUUUGUGCUCAAGAAAUGUUCACUCUACUGGUACACAUCGGACAUGGCAGAGAAGGCCGAAGGCUACAUCAACCUGAGAGACUUCACCAUAGAACAAGCUACCGAAUGCAAGAAGAAGUUUGCAAUGAAAGCAAGCCACCUCCACAUGCUGACACUCUACUUUGCAGCUGAAAACAUGAAAGACAUGAACAAAUGGCUGGCUAAACUCAUCAAGGCUUCAAAUGAACCUGAGCCCACAGACUCAGCCGAUGGAGAGUGCUACAGUGAGGAAAGUGACGAUGAGGAUGAAGCAGACACAGCUGAGAUGUGUGCAGAGUUCACGGAUCAGCUGACCCCCAGCUCUCUGCAUGGUUGUCUCCCACCUCCCCGCUCCUCUUCCUCUCCAUGUCAGGACUCGAUCCCGCUGGUUUCUCCGGUGUGUUACCGCACAGAGACUCAGAGUGCAGACAGUGAGUCGUGGCAGGAGAUCAGCUCAGAGGAAGACCCCAUCCACAAAAUCCAGGAAUUCAAAGGAAAUGACUGCCCCCCAUCUGAUGAGAUGGAGAUGCUGUAUCUUCACCUCAAGCAGGCGAGUCUUUCCCCUACAGGAGCCCUGCAGCCGACCACCAAACGUGACUUCAGGUCCUCCUUCAUCAGACGCUGCAAAAAUGAAAGCAUUAAUGAGAAACUGCACCUGAUUCGAGCUUUAAACAGCACUUUAAAGGCGAAGGAGGCCGAUCUACAGGCCAUCGAGCAGGUCUUGAGUGAACCGUCUCUGAGCGCUGGUAAAUACAGACAGUGGCGAGAUGCUAAUGUGCUCCUGCUGCAGGAGAUCGGAGAGAAACACAAGAGUGCCGUGGAGCCGCAAGCCCAGGAACCUCUGGUUCAGACUCAGCCUCAACGUCAAUCAGUCUUCAGCCCGAACGCUGCGCUCCCUGCCGUCACUGUGUACACGGAGACCAGCCUGUGAAAAUGAGAGGAUGAUUACAGAGAUCAACGAGGAAAAAACAAACUGAAACAGAUGUGUGUUGAGUGAAGACGACCACAGGGGCCUGUUCGACAAUGACAGGAGCACAAACAGAGCAGGAAACAUCAAGGGCUGGUUUCCUGGACGCAAAUGAAGCUUCUCUGAAACACUUCAAACAGAUACUAUAGCCUGCAGAGGCAGAAUAGAGUGACUACAUCAUAUGACCUCAGCUUUUCUCUGAAUUUGAGCACAGAACUCAUCUGUCACAAGACAAGAAACCCAAUUUCAGUCGUAUUUCAUUUCUGAAACAUGUAGUUACUGCAUUUUGCCUUUGCUGUUUAGAAUAUUGUAACAAAUGUAAAAUAACAGAUGUAUUUCUUGUCAGUUGUUGACAUUAUGCAGUGUUUUGAUAAAGAAAAGUGUGAGAGAAAAAUGCUAAGCAUGUUGCAAUGCAACACAGUGCUUGUGUUUGUAGAUGUUCUGCAAUGCUUUACUAUCAGACCGUUGAAUGAAAUGGUGUUUUGGAGAUUUUUGAAUCACUAUGUUUGACUAUUUAAUGCAGUCUAUACAUGAUUUUCACCAAAUUGUGGACAAACACACUUCUGCAUUUACAUUACCCUUUGUUCACACAGACUAUACACACAAAUCUCCGUUCUCUCUUCUAUUCUUAAACUUGUUUGUAUUUGGUCUUUUUAGGUGUCUUGUUUACCUGUUUUUAACAUGAUGGUCUGUUUUAGAUGUACAUAUUUUAGCCUUUUACAACUGGAAAUUAACGUCUUGGGUAUUGUACAUUUUUGUAUAAAUGUCUAAUUUUACUGUAUAAAUGUUCACUUUAUAUUUUGGGAGUAAUUCAUGCUGAAGGUGUGCUAAAGGAAAUAAAAAUGGCGAUUUAAAAUUUUCUUUCAAAAUUGUG